GCGGAAGAAAUCAGUGCGCAAAUUCACAGAUGACCUUGCCCAUCAGCCUUGAGUCGUGAAAGUGAAAAUUCCCUAUUCAAUUGGAAAAUUAAGAUGGCAUCGAUUUCACCGACUGCUUGCAUAUCUCAGCGAGUUAAUUCAAAUCGAGAAAUCCCAAUUCAAGCGUGGUUCACGAGAGAAGAACUCGAUCAGCCUUAUGAUGUCACUUUAGUCGUCAGAGAUGGCGACUUCAAAGCUCACCGAAAAGUCCUCUCAGAGGCGAGUCCUUUCUUUGAAAAGCUGCUGAACAGCGACAUGAAGGAGUCUAAAGAAGGAGUGGUUCGCUUGGAGAUCUUCACCGCCUCUGCUAUGAGAAACACAUUGGAGUUUAUUUACACCGGUAAUGUACAGAUACUGGAUGAAGAUGAUGCCAGAGACUUGAUUGUGAUAGCAGAUUACUUGUUGCUCCAGAACCUGAAGACCCCGGCAACGCAAACCUUAUUGAAAGAAUUGAAUACUUCAAAUUGUAUUUCAAUUUUCCAUUUGGCUGAUGAAUAUCACUGCGAGGAACUUUUAUGCAAGACCAAAAUAUUUAUCCUUGCAAAUUUCAGAGCAUUAUUCUCUGCGAAGCGUGAAGAUGUUUUGCAAAUGUCCAAAGAGGAACUUGCAAUUUUUAUUUCAAGCGAUGAGCUACAUGUUAGCGCCGAGGAAGAUGUGUUAAGUAUCAUUCUAGCCUGGAUUAAUCACGACAAAAACAAUCGAAGAAGUCAUUUUCCCGAGCUAUUUCGUCAAGUUCGACUGGUUUACAUAUCGCGUGACUUUCUCUGUAAUGAUGUCGUGACAAAUGAGUUGGUUAAAAACAAUGAAGACUGUCUGGAACUUGCGAAAGGAGCUAUUGAAUUAAUCGACUCUAACAGUGUUGAUGAACUUGAUAAUCUUGAUCGCAAACCGAGAAAGUGUCUAGAGUACUCUGCAAUUGUCGCCUACACAACGGAAGGAAAAUACCUUUUUUAUUUUCCACGCGAGGAUAAGUGGUAUAAAAAGGAACCAAUAUAUUUGCAAAGUGACGACGGUAUUUUCUUUUGUCGCGAUAAAAUGUACUGUACAAGGCGUGAGCUAUCAAAUAGAAGUUAUUUUUGGGGACUUCGCAUCUUAUGUUUUAAUCCACACUCUUAUAGAUGGAAGUCUUUACCAUCAUUUGAUAACAACACACUUUUGAAGAAACUCUUCGUUUACAAUGAUGAAAUGUAUGCUUUGUUCUUAUUUCAUAAGUGGUGGCCUGUCUCCGACGUCGUCUGGUCUGGUAGAUGUCGUUUUGAAAAGGAAAGCGGCAACAUCAUCUCAAAGUACAAAGUAGAUUCCAAUUCAUGGGAGGACGUAUUGUUAACAGAGGGUCUGGCUUAUAGGAGACAUUAUUGCGUUGUGCCCAGCGAAAACUUCGUUUACUUCAUUGGCGGUACGGAAACAUAUGGAAGAAGGCUCUUACGUGAUGUUUAUAGGUACGAUCUUUGCAGAAAAAAAUGGGAUAAACUAGCAGACAUUCAGGCAGGAAGACAGAACCAGCUUUGGGGAGCAGCGGCGAACGGAAAAAUAUAUAUUGCUGGAUGGACUAAAAAUGAAAUGAAACCAGGCCAAGAUGAACUCCUGUGUGAAGUGUACAAUGAAACAACAAAUGAAUGGCAGUUUAUUAGAAGCUUUAGCGUGGAGCGAGAGGCAUUUUUAGGUUUGAUUGCCGUAGAUGGCGAGGUAUAUGUUGUGGGCUAUGAUCGAUCAAGCGUGACGGAACUGUUAAGAGUCCAAUGUUACGACCCCGAAAGCGAUGAAUGGAAGCUGAAAACUGAAAUUUCAAUUACAUGGCAUGAAAGAGCUCAGCGACAGUUUAAAAUUUGCGACACAAUGAAAGUGUUUCAGGGGUCUCUAAGUUCCUCACAAUUUACACCGUGUUUAACGCAGGAUUCAUCACAGACCAGACAAACUCAUCACAGAAGAGACAAACGAAAGUGCUCAAUCGUGUGACAUAAACCCUACCUUCUUUAGAAUUUUCAUCAAUUAUCGGUAUAGAUUGGCAAAUAUUAUUUUUCUGAUCUUUGAAAAGACUUUUUUUUGUUUAUUUGCUAUUGCCAUAUUAUAAUUGUGUAAAGACAAUUAAAUGUUACAUUCCUUGUCAGGGGAAAUUUUGAUAAGGUUUGAUUUUGCAUAACUACCGAACGAUCCUGUGGAGAAAAACUCAAGAAAGUUGGUCUAAGUUUAUGUUGUGGCUUACUUCAUAAACUGAGGUUUAUCUGCACUUUUUCCGCUUCGAAGAUGAUUAUUUUCACGUAGUCUUUGACUUACAUAGUUUCUUAAGAGUCGCAAUGGUACUUGCGUGGUUUCAAGACAUAUUGACUCAACUUUAAAUGAAAGUCACUGACUUUGCCACAGUUGGAUGAUCUGGUUUUGCACGAGUCAACAAGAAAGUAUCGAAUCUCUUAAUGGUGAUAUGCUUAUGUAUCAAUAAUAAACAGUGUCAAAAGAGCAGGCUAAUGAGAAGUUGAGGUCAAAAUUAAACUAUUGGCCUGUCUGCCAC